UGUCCCUACUCGAUCUGCUAGAGCGCAUACCAACGCGAUACACCGAGACUGGCUUUUCUGCCGCCUGUGGCUUUAAGGCAAUCCGGGCCCUUUCGGUUGUCCUAAUGACAUCAUUGAUGUUGUCAAUGCUCCUCCGAGAGUAACAAGAGGGAGAUACUGCUUCGGCAGAUGUACGUUCACACGGAAGCGGCUCUGGAGACUAUAAACACUGAGUAGAGCGAAAGGAAGAAAACUGGGGCAUGAGAGCCGCUAGAAUCCGAUCCCAUCCUUCGCUGCUUACGGCCCAGUCUGUCUGACAACCACCGGUCCAGCACCGCCGAGAAUCCAACUCUAAGAAAAACCCCAAUUUCUGGGUGCUGUUCAGACCCACACCAUGGAUCUCAGAGUUGGGAAUAAAUACCGGCUCGGCAGGAAGAUCGGAAGCGGCUCCUUCGGAGACAUCUAUCUGGGUACCAACAUCGCGACGGGCGAGGAGGUGGCCAUCAAGCUGGAGUGCGUCAAGACCAAACACCCGCAGCUGCACAUCGAGAGCAAGUUCUACAAGAUGAUGCAGGGUGGAGUGGGAAUCCCCUCCAUCAAAUGGUGUGGCGCCGAGGGGGACUACAAUGUGAUGGUCAUGGAGCUCCUUGGACCCAGCCUGGAGGACCUGUUCAACUUCUGCUCCCGCAAGUUCAGCCUGAAGACCGUAUUGCUCCUAGCAGACCAGAUGAUCAGCCGUAUCGAGUACAUCCACUCCAAGAACUUCAUCCACCGGGACGUGAAGCCCGACAACUUCCUCAUGGGCCUGGGGAAGAAGGGCAACCUUGUCUACAUCAUCGACUUUGGCCUGGCCAAGAAGUACCGCGACGCUCGCACCCACCAGCACAUCCCCUACCGCGAGAAUAAGAACCUGACGGGCACGGCGCGCUACGCCUCCAUCAACACGCACCUGGGCAUCGAGCAGUCCCGCCGUGACGACCUGGAGUCCCUGGGCUACGUGCUCAUGUACUUCAACCUGGGCUCACUGCCCUGGCAGGGCCUCAAGGCCGCCACCAAGAGGCAGAAGUACGAGCGAAUCAGCGAGAAGAAGAUGUCGACGCCCAUCGAGGUGCUCUGCAAAGGCUACCCCUCUGAGUUCUCCACCUACCUGAACUUCUGCCGCUCUCUGAGGUUUGACGACAAGCCCGACUACUCGUACCUGCGGCAGCUCUUCAGGAACCUCUUCCAUAGGCAGGGCUUCUCCUACGACUACGUCUUCGACUGGAACAUGCUCAAAUUCGGUGCCGGCCGGAGCACAGAAGACAGUGAGCGGGAACGCAGGGGCGGCGAGGAGCGGGAUGAGCGGGUGGCCCCCGGUCCCCGCGGUUCAGCAGCCCGCGCACUACCCCCGGGCCCCAACCCCCAGGUGUCCGGACGGGUUCGGAAUGGACCCGAGGCUGCGGUCAUGGGCCCUGCGGCACGAGUCCAGCAGCCUGGAAAUACGUCCCCACGCGUCAUCACCCGGGCAGAGCGCGAUCGCAAGGUGAGCAUGCGACUGCACCGGGGUGCCCCCGCCAACGUGUCGUCCUCAGAUGCAGCCGGCCGCCAUGAGCAGCAACGCGUUACUGCGUCACAGGUCGGCAUGCCAUUCGAGCACCUGGGGAAGUGAGCUCAGCCCCGCCCUCCUCCACCCUGCCAGGCCGCGGCGGGCUGCCCGUGGACCCGCCCACUCUCUGAUCAGUACAAGAAUCGGAAAGCCUCCACCAGAUCCCAUUCUUAAACGUUCGAUUAGCUGUUAAACUUCGCCGGGUACUAAAACGCAUAAUUUUACGCUGUCGUCUCUUUUGAAACCAGCAGAGUUUAUCGCGGGAGUGAAUAACAGGAAGAAACAAACGAGCUUUUGCAAAACAACCGAACAAAGCCAUGAACGGAUGGGAUUGGUGGGGUUAUUAUUCUCCACCUGGAGGUGUGGGGGGGAGGGUUCUUACCUAUGCCUCACAGACAGAAGAUCUAAGUCCACCAGUCCUUCCAGUUGCUACACUGUCAGGUUCACCAGCAUUCCCCGUCGGCCUCGGAUGAUGGGCGACGUUUAAUUUGCCUCUUUCGUUCACAGAAUGCCAUCACUAAGCAAUGGAGAAUAACAGUUCAGGUGCUAAUUCAGAUUUAAUCAUAUCUGGACUUAGUUUUUUUUAAAUGUAUCCAUGCUUUUUAUGUACCCACGACCUACUCUUUGACGGCACGAUUCCCCCCCCCCCCCCAUCAGUUCCUCUUGUCACGUGUGUUGUGGAAAUGUCAUGGUCGGCAGCCAUGUCGAGGGGCUUGUAUGGAACAAAUCGAGUCUCAGGAGGGAGGUAAGCGGGGCAGAGGUGGAAAUGUGAGGUGAUUUGGCAGGAGGAAGGGGGGGUACGGUAAGUGAAUGUAAGCGGUGUCUGGAAGGGCGCGCUGCCCCUCCCCGUUGUACACGAAAGACUGGCACAAAGGCUGCUGAGCCAACAUGAUGUACUGUGGGGGUGGAUAGUGGAAAGGUAUGUGCCUUUAAUUACAGGCCCCGCCCCCAAAUACAAGCCCCGCCCUGUCCACCAAUGCUUGCACCCAUCUCCUCUUUUUACACAUUUGAGUGUUCAUAGUUUAAACAAAUCCAGAUAAAUACCACUGAACUCCCCUCAAAAUAUAAUUAACUUUAGCUUUUGCGUGUGUGUGUGUCUGUUUUAACCCUCCUCUUUUGACCAGAUGCUGAAACCUAUCCUGCUUAUGGCCAAACAGUUUACAUUAAUAAUUUUAAAUUUUAUUCAGAUUCAGAGGUUUUAGACAAAUGGGGAUGAUGUUUAGGGUGGGGGGGGGGCUUUUUAUGUCACUGUAAAUAUUUAUAUUUUUUUGUCUGUUUUUGCCUAAAGCCAAAAUGUCGUCUAAGGUGUCAUGUUGAGAGUAGAUGUGGGGAUGAGACUGACAUGAACAGGUGGUGUCUGACUGUAGUUACACUGCCAGCCGGGUCAUUUUUCUCUCGUACGCUGUGCCAGGUUUUCAGAGUUGGGUACCGAGUGACACGUUUACAUUUGCGAACAGUCCCUUUGUGUCUGUGAGAAUUUCAGUGCUGAAAUUUUUCGCGCUAAUCCACGCAUGGACUCCUAAUUUCUGUUGUGAGCCCGAGGUGGAAGUUAACAAAUGUCUUGUAUAUAUUUUCCUGCUGUCUGUAUAUUGAAGAACUCUUGAAGAAAUAUCUGUCCCCCCCCCCCCCUUGGUGCCGUUAUUCCAGUGGUAUGGUCCACCGCGCUGUCUUCAGUGUGCUCUGUCCUGAUUGGUCCCUCACAGUGAUGUCAUGUGGUCCCCCUGUCAUCUACUAACCUCCAGUUCCUCUUCUCCAGGGUUCUCUAUUCCACCAUUUAAAUUUUUUUUUUUUUUUUUUGCACUGGGUUCCGUUACAAGUCGCUUGGCCGUUUGUCGUCGCCACCUGUAACCUAGCAUGCAGUUUUUAUUCCUAACCAGAAAUUUGUAUUGACUCCUUUUUUGGAGAAAUGGGGGGUAUUUGAUUUGGGGGUGGUGGAGGGGUGGCUUGGAGUCAGGGCGUUUUUUUCUUGUAUAAUGUGGAGUUUAUUUGCUCACUGGCUUCUGUGACAUUUGUGACUUCUGUGACAUUUUGGUUCUGAAGUGUGGUUCGGAUGUGAGCCAGGUUCAUGUCACCGGAUUCUAACAGCCCCCUUUUUAAAAAAAAAAAA